CAUUGUUAGUGUGUCUUCAAUGGCUGCAAGUGACGUAUCAGUGCAAAGUUGUUGCUUUUCAUGCAGUCCACUGUCACUUUUGGAGGAUUGUAACUAUAGAUACAUGCAUUUAAAGUCUUCAUUUAUCGAACAACAUAUCCAAUACCAUGGUUAACAAGGAGGAACUGGAAGAAAGAUUGAAAAAACUAUUAGUGAGACUGAAAAACCUACAGGAGGGGAAGCAGUUGAGUACCCUGGUUCAGAUCAUCCAAGACCUUCUUUUCCUGGCGCACACUGAUGACUGUGCAGAAUUAUUUGAGGAUAAAGAUGUCCAUGGGCCUCUUAUGUUGGUGUUGUCGACUUACAGCAACAGCAGAGGGGUGCAACAGGUGGGAUGGUCGUUGCUGUGUCGGCUGAUGGAGAUAUGUCCUUCCACCUUGGACUCACUGGUCAGGCCCCUGGGAGCAGGGAUAGACUGGGAGGUACUUGGAGUGCAUCAGCAGAUCCUUAAGGUGUUGUCCCAGCACAGUGGAGACUGCAGAGUGAUGAUGGUUGGGCUCAGGGCACUGGCUCUGCUCCUCAGAUCAGAUGUGAUCGUGUUGUUGAUUCGGGAUGAGGAAGAGGAUGUGUUUAGUUUGAUCGUUGAGGGGAUGAAGACUUUCCCCUCCAGUGAGGAGGUUCAGAUUCAGGGCUGCCGUGGUCUCCAGCUGCUACUAGACAGAGUGUCUGAUGAUGACCUGGUAGAGUUUCUGGAGAACCAGGACCACAGUGUGGUUCUAGGUGCUCUGCACCGUUUUCACGACAGUGGACUGUUUCUGCAGGCCAUGAAGGUACUCCUUCCCCUAGCAGGUCCUGCCAGUAACGUGGAGAUCCUGAUGUCGGGGGGAGAGAGGUGUUACAGUGUGGUGGCUGGAGCCAUGGAGUCAUUCCCAGAGGUUGAGGCACUGCAGGAGGUCGGCUGCUGUCUGUUCAGGAAGUUUACAUCAGAAAGAUAUUGUAGUAUUCUGGUGCUGAAUGGGGUGCAUAGGGUCACUGUAAGAGCCUGUUUGACUUACCCUGAGAACGCCACUCUACAAGCUGCUGCGCUCUCCUGUCUGGCUGCCCUCACUCAAACCAUAGUGCAGAGCAAAGCUGUGGUGAAUGAAGGGAUGGAGGAGGGAGAGGCGGAGGAGAACAGAGGGAAGGAGGAGGCGGUGGAUGAUGUGGGGUUGUGCUGGAUGGAGGCUUGCUGCAGAGCUCUGGAGGUCCAUGCUGCCGAUUCCACAGUGCAGGAAGCUGCAUGCUGGGCCAUACACAGCCUGCUAUUGCAUGGCAGCGAGUCAUGGCACCAUUCCACAGAAGAGCAAGACGGAAGGACACCAGUCCACAGACAGAUCAUGGCUGCCAUGCUGCUCCACUCCUCCUCCCCUGGGGUGUUCCAGGCUGCUGCCAGCGCCAUGGGAACGCUCAUCACCCACAAUAGUAAAAUGCGAUCUCUGUUGUUGUCCAACGGCCUCCAUGUGAACGUGGUGGAGAUGAUGAAGAGACAUCUGUCCUCUCCAGAGGUCUCCGCAGGUGGAUGUAAACUGCUCCACUGCUCUUCAAGGAAGACGGCCAGUCUGGAUGAACUGAACAUGGCCAUGGGCCAGAUCCUUAGGACCAUGAAGGUCCAUAACUUCAUACCUGAGGUCCAGCUGGAAGCUCUGAGGGCCAGCCUGGCCUUCCUCUGUCCUGAUAGAAGUUUGCGGGUGUCUGAUCACGGUGUGUCUGUGGCUGAUCCAGACACAGUGGAUGUGUCUUUGAGGGUGCAGAAGAACCAGAGUGUGGUGGAGGGGGCCCACACAGUCUACCUAGAGACACUCAACAGGUUUAUUAGCAGUGCAGCCAUCCAGGAGUGUGGCCUGCGUGUUCUGUCUGCCCUGGCUGACUGCUCUGGUGCUGUAGACCUGCUCUGUCAACAGGGGGCGAUAGACACUGUGCUGCACACACUACAGAUGUUCCCUCGGGAACGAGAAAUACACUACUGGGGUCUAAACCUCCUCUACUGCCUUGUGUCUAAGAAGAAGCUGUCCAGAAUGAUAGUUCCCGUCCUGGCGUCUGUUCUCGUUACCAGUCUCCUGCAGUACAGAGAGGACACAGAGAUGCUGUUAAAGGGGUUCCAGGUGGCCCUCCGAAUGCUGGACGCCUGCUCAGGGGCAGCAGGGGAGCUGCAGAGGGAAGGCUUUGACAGAGAGAUCUUCCUCCAGCUCAAAGAAGGACCACCUGACCGGUGCAGCUACCCGCUCUCCCAGCUGCGUAAGGCUGCAUGCCUGGCCCUGUCCAAGAUGUGUGGCGAUGCAGAGCUGAAGUACAGUAUGCUGGAGAAGGCCUGUAAGGACGGGGAUGUGCUCAUGGCUGAGUGUCUCAUCCAGCUAGGAGCCGACAUCAACAAGAAGACCAAGACCGAGUCGCUCAUAUAUCAGGUGUGUGAGCAGGGCGGGCCUCUGCAGCUUGUGGUGCUGCUUCUCAGCCGUGGGGUCCAUGAGCAGCACCUGCGUGGGGCCCUGGGGGCCAGCGUGCGUCGUGGGGACGGCCCUGCGGUCAUCCAGCUACUGGGGCGUCUGGGGCUGGACCUGAACAACAAUGCCCUCUGUCUGGGGGGGUUCAGGCUGGGUCGGGUGGAUGCUGCCUGGCUCAGCCCCCUGCUCUCUGAACGAGGUCGCGCCAGCAGUCUGCGCUCCAGCACAAGUAAGGGUGCAUGUUUAGCUCGGUACGUGUUAUCCUUCCAGAGGGGUAAGACGACUCCUACCCCCUCGACCCCCAGGUCUCUAGCUGACCCCUGCCUUACCUCUGGGUACAUGUCAGACGAGAGUGAUGACUCCAGCUUCCUGUCUUUAGAGGACAGUCUGGUCUUCAACGACGAUAUGGAGAGUGACGGAAGUGAUUCGCUUUUGCUGGCACUGUCCCCCAUGUCCACCAAUGAUUUGUCAGAGGAGUGGAAGGCGGGGUCACAGAAGAGGAAGAACGGGCGUCGCAGGCACUUUAGCUCCGAGUCCUGUAUCCAUCCACAGGGAGUCCAGGGUGAGGUUGAGCUCAACGAGCCACUUCAGAGGAGGUAUGGCAGGACAACCCCUAACCAGAAAGGUAUUCACUCCCCAGUCUUGAGCUCUGGGUAUAACUCCUCCCCUCUGGUCGGGGACAGAGAGUGGAUCCGCCUGCUGGACCUAUCAGGGAAUGAGCUGGACUCUGUGUCGUGUUUGUUGGACGAGGGUUCUGUCCGACAGCAGCUGGAGCACCUGUAUCGACUAGACUUGAGCCAGAACAGCCUAUCAGAGUUCCCCUCUGGGCUGUGUGAGAGCUUGAAGAGUCUGACACGUCUGGAUCUCCAAGGCAACCAGUUGCAGGCGUUGCCGGCGGAGCUUCUGGCCCUGCCCUCACUGAGCAUGCUCAACGUGUCACGUAACUGUGUCGGCCCGCUUCUGACCCUUGACCCUGCCGUCACCUGCCCAUCGCUACGGCAACUCAACCUGUCCUACAACCACAUCACCACCUUCCCCCACCAGCUGGGCAGGGCCAUGGAGCGACUGGAGGAGCUGUCCCUCGAGGGGAACAGAAUGGGUGAGCUGUGGUCUCCUCUGUGUCUUCCGGAGAUGAAGCUCCUAGACAUCAGUAAGAACAGUGUGGAGAGCAUCUCACAUGACUUCCUGUCUGGCUGCCCCAAACUAGAGAACUUCAGUGCUUGUACCAACCAACUCAGUUCGCUGUCACAUCUUCCCUCAAAGAUAACAACUCUGAAGUUAUCACAUAACAGUUUCACUACCAUUCCUCAAGCUGUUCUGGAUCUUCCAAAUUUACGGUCCGUGGAUAUGAGGACCAAUGACAUUACAGUUUUACCGGGGCCGUGCGCCUGGGCAUCGGUCAACCUGCGGGAGCUCAUGUUCGGUCAGAACCGCAUCGGAGUGCUGGACCUGAGUGGACCUGAAGUUUACAAGUGGGCCAGACUGGAGAAACUACACCUGAGUGACAAUAAGCUCACAGAGGUCCCUCCUCAGAUCGGCCUGCUGGAGGAGCUGACCUCUCUCGACUUGAGCCGUAAUGGCGGUCUGCGCUCCUUCCCUGACGAGAUGGGCAAGCUGAGCAGGCUGUGGGACUUGCCACUGGAUGGCCUGCGCCUCAGCCUGGAUCUCAAGCACAUUGGCAACAAGACCAAAGACUUAGUCAGGUUCCUCCAGCAGCGUCUGAAGAAAGCCGUUCCGUACUACCGGAUGAAGCUGAUUGUGGUUGGGAACGCCGACAGUGGUAAGACUGCUCUGAUCCGACAGCUGAUGAAGCUCAAGCGUUCUCAAUGGCAGAUGGAGCAGCCCACCGUUGGGAUCGACGUCAGAGAUUGGACCAUCCGGGACCGGGAUAAGAAGAACAUGGUGCUAAACGUCUGGGACUUCUCAGGUGGGGAGGAGUUCAGUGGUUCUCACCCCCACUUCCUUACCCCCCGGGCCCUCUACCUGGUGGUGUACGACCUCAGUAAGGGGGCUGCCCAGGUGGACGCGCUCAAACCCUGGCUCUUCAACAUCAAGGCGGUGGCCCCCCUGUCACCAGUCAUCCUGGUGGGGACACACACAGACGUGAGCGAUGACCUCCAGCUGCAGGCUUGCCUGGAUAAGAUCCGCCAGGAGCUCCUCAACCACCAGGGCUUCCCUGCCAUCCGGGACUAUCACAUGGUGGCGGUGUGCGAGGACUCGGACACCAUCGGCAGACUCCGCAAGGCCAUCGCCAGGGAGGUCGCCAGCUUCAAGAUCCAAGGGCAGCUGGUGAUGGGGCAGCUGGUCCCAGAAAGCUAUUUGGAGCUGGAGAGAAGGGUGCUGCUGGAGAGGACCAGGGUGCCGGGGGAGUUCCCCGUGCUCAGACACCAAUACCUGCUACAGCUCAUCCAGGAGAGCCAGAUACAGCUGGAGGAGGCUGAGCUACCCCACGCUGUUCACUUCCUCAGCGAGGCCGGAGUCCUUCUGCACUUUGACGACCCGGCCCUCCAACUCAGAGAACUCUACUUUAUCGACCCACAGUGGCUUUGCAACAUCAUCUCACAGAAACUGUCUCUGAAAAGCUCUGGGUUCUGGGAGAAUCCCAAAGGCGUAGUCCAGCGCUCUAUGGUGGAGCGGUUCCUAUUUGAGAAAUGUUUCCCCAAGCGCCACCUGACCCAGUACUUUAAACUGCUGGAGAAGUUCCAGAUCGCCCUACCUUUCGGAGAGGACCAGCUCCUAGUGCCGAGCAGUCUCUCCAAACAUCGGCCAGUAAUUGAGAUGCCCCACUGUGAAAAUUCUGAGGUCAUUGUUCGUCUCUAUGAGAUGCCCUACUUCCCCAUGGGCUACUGGUCGAGACAGAACCGCCUACUUGAGGUCUCCUCCUACAUGCUCUGUGGCAGAGAGAGAGAGCUGCGUCCCAACCGUAUCUACUGGAGGAGAGGCAUCUACCUGAGCUGGUCUCCUGAGGCCUACUGUCUGGUUGAGGCUGCAAACGUAGAGGACAACCCUGCCAGCUUCGUCAAGAUCACUGUGCCCUGCUCACGCAAAGGUCGUGUGUUACUGGGUCAGGUAGUGGACCAUGUUGACUCUCUCUUGGAGGAGUGGUUCCCUGGUCUCCUCACCACUGAUAUCCAUGGCAACGGAGAAACCCUGCUGAAGAAAUGGGCUCUGUACAGCUUCAAGGAUGGACAGGAGUGGAGCAAGAUACUGCUGGAGGACCUGUUCACUCACAUAGAUAAAGACUGUCUUUUGGUAAACCCGGAGGACCCUCGCUGCACAGUGCCCAUCUCUCAGAUUGCUCCAGACCUGAUCCUCAGUGACCAGCCUGCUGGAAUCAUCCUUGACAGCGAGGAGCUUGAGAUGGACCUUACCAAGGAGAACCUGCUGGGGGAUGGUGGUUUUGGGUCUGUCUAUCGAGGCAUCUACAAAAAUGAAGAGGUGGCAGUGAAGAUUUUCAACAAGCAUGCCUCUGAUCUCUAUAUACACCGACUACUCCGACAGGAGUUGGUGGUGUUGGGUCGUCUCCACCACCCCAGCCUGGUGGGGCUGCUGGCAGCCGGGGCGGCCCCUCAUCUCCUGGUGAUGGAGUUAGCCCCCAGAGGGUCCCUGGACUCUCUGUUCGAACACGAGAACAGCAGCCUCAACCGCAAGCUCCAGCACAGGAUUGCUCUGCAGGUGGCCGACGGGCUCAGGUAUCUCCACUCGUCCAUGAUCAUCUACCGGGACCUGAAGCCUCACAACGCGCUAUUCAACCUGAAAACUGACUCAGAGACCAUCGCUAAGAUCACAGACUACGGCAUCGCUCAGUGCUGCUGCAGCAUGGGGGUCAGGAGCUCUGAGGGCACCCCAGGUUUCCGGGCGCCAGAGGUUGCCCGGGGCAAUGUGAUCUACAACCAGCAGGCGGACGUGUUCUCGUUCGGCCUGCUGCUAUACGACCUGCUGACUUGUGGUGAGCGCAUCUCAGAUGGCAUGAAGUUCCCCAGCGAGUUUGACGAGAUCGCUGUGCAGGGAAAGCUGCCAGACCCAGUGAAGCACCACGGCUGCUCCCCCUGGCCAGGCUUCCAAGGCCUCAUGAAGGACUGUAUGAGGGAGAAUCCCCAGGACAGACCCACCUCCACACAGGUGUUUGAGAGGCUGAACUCUGGGGAGAUGCUGUGUCUGAUGAGGGAGCUGGUGGUCAGCAGAGCUGCCAAUGCUGAGUGUUUCACGGCGGGCUGCAGCAGCGCCAGCAACGGCCCCAGUUCUAACCCAAGGGCCUGGGUGGGAGGGGGCAGCAGCACACAGAGACUGGGCUGUGUCGCGUCUGUCGACCUGGAGACUGAGAAGGUCACAACACAGGUGAUUGACACGAGUCCUGUCUUAUGCCUAGUGACCGUCCAAGUCCCAGACGAAGCCUGUGAUUGGCUGGUGGCUGGUACACAAUCAGGGGCACUGGUCGUCAUCAGCACUCAGAACCUGUCCAACUGGCACAACCUGCAGAGUGUCACCGACGCUGUGACAUCACUGUUCUUCCACACACACCCUCAGCGCAGUCAAAGAAAGAAUUACUUGUUAGUUGGGACAGCAAAUGGAAUUCUGACGGUUUAUGAGGACUCUGCGCUCCAGGUGGAGAAUGGCCAGCCAGUCAAGACGUUGCACAUCGGGAACGUCAACACCCCAGUGAUGUGUCUGGGCCAAUCAGGUCACUCCCUGGACAGGACCACGGUGUGGGCCGGCUGUGGGAGCAGAAUCCUUUCCUUCACCGCCGACUAUGGCGUCUGUAAGACCAUUGACACUAAACCCAACAGCCUCUUCCAGCAGCAUCAUGCGGUGAGCAGUGAGCCGUGUGUGUCUCGUAUGGUAGUGGAGAAGCAUGUGUACCUCAGCAAGGCUGGAGGGCAGAGCGUGGAGGUGUGGAAUAAGAAGAGUGAGCGGAUGAUUGACAGCAUUGACUGUUCCCAACUACUCAGACACAACUCCAGCCGGCGACCCAGAAAGGCUAAUUCAGAGUUUGAAUUUGGAGCGGAUAGUCCAACCUGGGCGAACAUCAAGUCCCUCCUGGUGCAGCAAACCACCCUGUGGAUCGGCACCCGGGGAGGCCACCUCCUCCUGGUAGAGCUGGCUAACCUCCAGCUGCUGCAGGUCAUCAGCCCCCACUGCCAGUCCAUACGCAGCAUGGCCUCUGUUUUUAUAGAAACACUAAACCGUAAGAAUGUGGUCCUGGUUUUGGGAAGAAGACUGUCCCAAGAUAAGAAUCAGUAUGACGAGGAGUCUGUACUGAUGGUGUGGAACAGUUCUCUACCUCUGGAGGUCAAGGACCUCAACAAACACUGUGAGAUGAGAGAGGAGAUCACAGCCAAGAUGAGAGAGCAGCAAAACGACUGAGUCACUGACUGAGCCCACAGCUUGAAUACACAUGGAAAAGGGAUUUCUCUGAAGAUUCAGUGGAGUAGUGUGUCCUCUGCACACAUACAGUACCAGUACACACAUACAGUACCAGUACACACAUACAGUACCAGUACAGGGGGAGACGUUACCUCACUGAAAUCACAGAGAUAAAACUAUCUCAAUAACUGACAUUGUCUGACAGCCAUACUUCUCAGGGCACUUCGGACCGCGUCAAAGACCAUGAAGAGACCACACGAGUGCACUUGAUUUAGGUUACAUUGUUUAAGUGCACUUUAACGUUUCCCUUCUCUAGUCCAAACUCAAAAGCUGUCUGGAUAUCUGCAUGCUCUAGUUAAGUGCACACUUUCAUAAUCAUCCCAAACUAUUGCAAGCACUGACCAGGGGUUGACUGUAUACUACAAUACCUAAAAGUAAGUAAAAUGCCUUUGAAUAAAGAAUAUUUUAAUCUUAGACAGUUUAGUAUUUUGAAUUGAAACGCUCCUGCCAAAUGUUAUUAGAAAUUGUUUGAAUGACUGCAAAAACUCUAAAAGGGAUGCUUCAUUUGUGUUGUUUUCAUUAUAAAUGUGUUGUUUACCUGUUAUCACCAUUAUGAAACUGAAGACAACUGGAAAAAAAGUAAAAAGAAAAUAAAUUCUCACUUCUCAAGGGCCAUAUUUGAUUAUGUAUUCAAUACAUGCGUUUGUUUACCAAAUGACCCCAUUCCUUGUCUUUUGUCAAGAUGCGAGAUUUUAAGUCAUGUUAUGACUGUUGUACUUGUAAUGUAUGAUGUUGCAUCUCAGUAAAUUCUGUUUGACUUUUAAACAAUGUUUGUAUUUUGUAAAUAUUUGAUAUAUUGCCUGCCUCCCCGUCCUUAGAUUGUCAUCUGACAAUAUGAAGAUGUUUGUCAUGCACACUAGAGGGCAGUGCAACACCGUUAAAUAGGCCACAUAUUGAUGUAUCCUUCACCAUGAGUCUCAGUGAAUCACAUCAAACAAAAUACAUAGUUUACAUUUCCCUGACAGACCAACAGUGAGAACUACACAGACAUUGGUGCACGGUAUGGACCAAGUUUGAUCUUUAAUCUCAACAGGGGAAAAAAAUACAUUGCGUUAUGAAGCCAUUUCAUGGAGGAAAAAAAUAUUUACAAGUUUAUCAAGAGGGGUCAAACCUUUACAUAGAUUGACAGCACAUCAGUAAACAAAAAAUGGAACCAGCUUUAAGGAUUUUAAGCACUUCUUACCAAAAAACAAGGUGUUCUGAUAUCCAAACUAUUCAGAUAGGCUAAAUAUAUUUAUAAUAUUUAUAAUAUUUAUAUUUACAGAAUACCUUAAAUAUACAACGUCCACCAUGUAUUCUAUAAACAAAUAUCAUAAGUUAUUUAGGCACAUUUUUGGGGGGGGUUUGGUUGGGGGGGGUUCAGUUUCAAUGCCAUCCUUUUGCUGUUUGCACUAUAUUGUACUUACACUAAAGAAAUGUGGUCAGUAUUGCAUCAUUGCCAACACGUAUGUCACCCAAAGAGGCUGCGCUGCUAUUAAUCUCAGAACUCUGGGUCAGAGGUGAGGUCACAAUGUACACAGCCAUUCUACAGCAGGACCAGGGGGGACAACACUCAACUCGCAUCUUCCAGAGACAGACAACACGCCCAGUCCCAAAUCUAUCCCUCACAGGGUGGGGUCAAUUCCAUUUCAAUUUGGUGAUUCAGGAAGUAAACUGAAAAAUU